AUGGCGAAGGCUAAGGAGGGAACCGCUUCCGGAGUUUCAGACCAUUUGGCUGAUUUUGUCGGUACUGAAAUUAAUUGCCCUGUUUGUUUGGAAAUAUUUGACGAUCCCAAGUGCCUUCCCAACUGUGCGCACAAUGUCUGCGUUACAUGCCUCGGAAACUUAGCCAGACAAACCCGCAAGAAGAGUACGGUGGAGUGUCCUGAAUGUCGCACCAAGUCGACGGUUCCAUUGUCUGGAGUUACCGGUUUCCCCACAAACCACUUGCUUAAACGGCUCGUAGAGAACUCCCCUGAACAUAGGGGAAGGCGUGCAUUUGACAAAGCUCUUGAAUGUUACAGAGAACAAAGGGAAAAGAUUAAGGAAGAGUUCCAAACUCUCACAACCUUUCGAAGGAUUCUUUUUGAAGAGAGCAAGAAGGAAAUGAAAGAUCAAAUAAAAUUGGAAGCUAAACGUGUAAGGAAACUAAUUGACAAAGAAGAGAGAAAGCUAUUGUCUCAAGCAGACGAGAUCUACGAUGAAAAGUCUGACCAAAGUCAGUUUGGAAAGAAACUAGAAGAGGUCAGACAGCUCAAUGCUAAAGUUUUAACCUCCCUGGAAGGUGCUGACAAAGUUAAAGAGGAACGCGACUGGAAGAAAUUUCAGAAAUCAAGAGAGAUCUUUGAAAAACAGUUUCAAGAUAGUCUUAAGACUUUGGAGGCCUCGAUUGAAAACUUGAGCAGUAUGCAGUGGACAGCUACUGCCAAAUUUAAUGCAGGAAACUUGGACAAAUCUAGCAAAAUCCUGGGGUUAAUUUCUUGUGAUCCAUGUAAAAAAGCUGCUUCCGGACCAGCAAUUGCAUUGGGUGAUGAUGAAGUCAUUCGUGUUAUUGACACAGACUUUGUUCCAACAGCAUUAUCUGUUUCUCCACAUACAGGUGAGAUUGCAGUUCUUGAUGCAGAAAACAACUGUGUUCAUAUUUUCACUGCCACUGGAGAUCACCAAAAGCAAUUUGAGAUCAAGUAUGGUGAUCUUAAGGAAAUUGCGUAUUCCAAGAAUGAUGACAUUGUGGUUCUGAACCAAGAGAAGAAUCGCCUUUUACACUUUGACAAGGAUGGUGCUUUCAUACACAAGUUUGUCCAGUCUCCCAAUAGAUCAGUGAGGUUUCAGAAAGUAACAACAGGUGGGGAUGGGUGUUAUGUGCUUACAACCCUGACUGAUGAUGGACCUGGUGUUGUUGUGUAUGAUUCCGAAAGAUGCCACAAGUUAGCAUUCACAUCAAGUCACUUUCAAGGCAACACAUUGGCUGCAGUGCAUCACAAAGAUAAGUAUUAUGUCACUGACUGCAGCAGCACAAUCAAGAUCUUUGACAAGAAAGGUAAAUUUCUUCAAGAAACAAAGAAUCUCGGUGAUAGUUCCAAAAGUCCCUCUAAGCUCUACUCAGUGGCUGUGGAUGAUGCACAUGACUGCCUUGUCUGUGUUUCUAAGCAGAACAACCAGAACACAAUCCUUGCUGUGAAAACUGAUGGCAGUAUUGUGUCCAAGACUCCUAUAGGUGGUAGUCUCAAUUCUAUUGCAAUGUCCAAAGGAUUUGACAGUUUGGUGGCAACUUUUCAUGAAAAAAAGUGCAUUCAAAUUUUACCCCACAAAGUUUGA